AUGCUCGCUUCGAUUGUAGUGUUGGUAACAAUUGCGGCCGGUUCUUACGCCGGACCAGACUGUCCACCAAACUAUAAUCCAGUGUGCGGUUACGACCUAAAAACCUACAAAAACAGUUGUUACAUAACAACACCCAUCUUGCAUUACGGCGUCUGCCAACCGCUCUCCGUGAGAAUUUGCGGAUCGGACGGCGUCUAUUACGGGAACAUCGCUUUCUUCAACAGAGCUGCACGUGCGAAUCCCAACUUGACCAUCGACUAUACCAGAGAGGGUUGCCUUCCUGGUCCCAACGUUGAAAUCGAUGGUGUUUGUCAAGCUGUCUACGAUCCGGUUUGCGGACCCAACGGAGUCACCUACUUCAACAGUUGCUUCUACCGAAAAAUUAUCAUUACACCGCAUAAAAAUACGCCUUUCGUGCAUCUCGGCGAAUGCGGAUACAUAGUUUGCUCCGGAAGAACAUUCUACGAUGCGCCGGCUGCAGAAGCGGCGCAGUUGAAAUAUAUCGUACCAUUGAGUUUCUGUUUACCAGAAAAUCCACCAUUCAAUGUUGCCCAACAUUUGAUCGUCACUCCAGCAUAA